AGGCCUCCUUUGACAGAGUCUGGUGAAGUGAGAUGUCACCUUAUUACCAGGUCUCACUGUCAUUUGAGGAUGUGGCUGUGGACUUUAGCAGGGAGGAGUGGCAACAACUGGAUCCUGCUCAGAGACGCCUGUACUGGGAUGUGACCCUGGAGAACUACAGCCACCUCCGCUCAGUGGGAUACCAGGUUCCAAAACCAGAGGUCAUCUUCAGGUUGGAGCAAGGAGAGGGGCCAUGGACAGUGGAGGAGGAAACCCCACAUCAGAGGUGUUCAGAUGACGAUGUUGGGCAAACCCAAAAACAGAGAAUUUCUGGAGAAGUUUUAUUCCAUUGUGAGAAAUUUGGUCAAUCCUUAAGAGACGAUUCAUUAUGUUCCAUCUUAGAAGAAUUGUGGCAAGAUAAUGACCAUCUGGAGAGAUGUCAGGAAAACAAAAAUAACCUUGUAAGUCAUGUGAAAGUAUUAGUUAAGGAGAGGAGCUAUGAAUGUAAAAACAUUGAAAAAAUAAUACCUGUGAGUACCAAGCUUGUUCCUUCAAUUAAAAGACUCCAUAACUGUGACACAUUUGGAAAGAGUUUGAAGCAUACUUUAAACUUACAUAAUCAUAAUAAAAGCAAUGCAACAAAGAACCUUGAUAAGAUUUUUGGAAAUAACAAUUUUGCCCAUAACUCUUCCUCUACUAAGAAUGAGAAUGCUAAUACAGGGACAAACUCCUGUGAACAUAAUAAAUGUGAAAAGCAUCUUGGCAAGAAACAAGUUGUCAUCCACCAUCAGAAAAUUCAUACUGGAGAGAAACUUUAUGUAUGUACUGAAUGUGUAAAGAGCUUUACCCAGAAGUCACAUCUCUUUGAUCAUCAGAGAACUCAUGCUGGGGAAAAAUCCUAUGAAUGCAACAAAAGUGAGAAAGUCCCCACUCAGAAGCCACAAAUUGAUGUACCUCAGAAUGUUUAUACAGGAGAGAAACCCUAUAUAUGUACUCAGUGUGGGAAGGCCUUUACUCUCAAGUCAAACCUCAUUACACAUCAGAAAAUUCAUACUGGGCAGAAACCCUAUAAAUGCAGUGAAUGUGGAAAAGCCUUUUUCCACAGAUCGUAUCUCUUUAGACAUAUGAGAAUUCAUACAGGAGAAAAACCUUAUGAGUGCAGUGAAUGUGGAAGAGGCUUCUCCCAGAAUUCAGACCUCAUUAUACAUCAGAAAACUCACACUGGAGAGAAACACUAUGCAUGCAGUGAGUGUGGCAAAGCCUUCACCAGAAAAUCAGCACUCAGGAUGCAUCAACGAAUUCACACAGGAGAGAAACCCUAUGUAUGUACUGAAUGUGGAAAGGCCUUCAUCCAGAAAUCACAUUUCAAUACACAUCAGAGAAUUCAUACUGGAGAAAAGCCUUAUGAAUGCAGUGACUGUGGGAAAUCAUUCACUAAGAAGUCGCAACUCCAUGUGCAUCAAAGAAUUCACACAGGAGAAAAACCCUAUAUAUGUACAGAAUGUGGAAAGGUCUUCACUCAUAGGACAAAUCUCACUACACAUCAGAAAACUCAUACUGGAGAGAAACCCUAUAUGUGUGCUGAAUGUGGGAAGGCUUUCAGUGAUCAGUCAAAUCUCAUUAAACACCAGAAAACUCAUACUGGAGAAAAGCCCUAUAAAUGCAAUGGCUGUGGAAAAGCCUUCAUAUGGAAGUCACGCCUCAAAAUACAUCAGAAAUCCCAUAUUGGAGAGAGACACUAUGAAUGCAAUGAAUGUGGGAAAGCCUUUAUCCAGAAAUCAACACUAAGCGUGCAUCAGAGAAUCCAUACAGGAGAGAAGCCCUACAUUUGUCCUGAAUGUGGAAAGGCCUUCAUCCAGAAAUCACACUUCGUUGCACAUUAUAGAAUUCACACCGGAGAGAAGCCUUAUGAAUGCAGUGACUGUGGAAAAUGCUUCACCAAGAAGUCACAACUCCAUGUACAUCAGAAAAUUCACACAGGUGAGAAACCCAAUAUAUGUGCUGAAUGUGGGAAGGCCUUCACUGACAGGUCAAAUCUCAUAACACACCAGAAAAUACAUACUAGAGAGAAACCCUAUAAAUGCAGUGACUGUGGAAAAACUUUCACAUGGAAGUCACGCCUCACUAUGCAUCAGAAAUCACAUACUGGAGAGAGACACUAUGAAUGCAGUAAAUGUGGGAAAGCUUUCAUCCAGAAAGCAACACUAAGUAUGCAUCAGGUAACUCAUACAGGCAAUAAACCCUAUGCUUGUACAGAAUGUCAGAAGGCCUUCACUGACCGAUCAAAUCUCAUUAAACAUCAGAAAACUCAUAGUGGAGAAAAACUCUAUAAGGCCAAUGACUGAAAAAGCCUUCAGGGGGAAUUGACAACUGGGUAUAAAUCAGAUGUGUCCAAAUGGGGAAGAGGAGUGCCUGAUGCUGUGAUCAUUGUUCAGAGGGAAGUAGGUAAGACAGACUACAGCAUAAGUGAACAGAAAGCAAAAAAAGCUAAGUAUCCCUCAGUUGAUUGGAAAUACAAGUACCUGCAUCACCACAGUUGAUAUGCAAUUAUAAGUGUAGAGAGGCACUUUGAUAAAGCAUUUGAGCAAUAGUACUAUUUGAUUUCAAGACUCAUAAAGAGACUCUCAAACUCCUGCAAAUGGUAGAAAGAGAGACCUCAGUAGGUAACUUAUCUCUUAUGUUUCACUUUUUGGAUAAAGAACUUUAUAAAUUCAGCUCUGAUUAGUUCUUCAUACCCUGAGAUGAUGUAAAAGUACUAAAUAUUGGGCAAAAUAUUUUCAGAUCACUAGGGUGGGGAGAAGAGUUUUCAUUGUCCAAACACAUGCAAGGCACUGAAGUCAAGCCAAAAAGCUAUUUGGGAAUGCAGAUCUGUGAGUAGAAGCUAGAAGUCUUUGUGAUCAUUGACAUUUAAGGCACAGAAAGGAUUACCAUGAGGAACUAUUCUUUCUCUUCCCUUUGAGAAGUCACCAUGGUUAAGUUUAAAAAUUAAUUUUUAAACUUAAAGUCUGACUAUGCAUCUGCAAAUUAGGCAUAGCUCUAGCCUGUGUUACAGGAAUAUAGUUAUUAAAUGUUACAGAUACCUAAAGGUGGCAAUUGCUCCCUUAUUAAUUUCAUGCUGUGGCAGCAGGUGAUUCACACCCAAAAAGUAUGCAUACCUGCAUACCUUCUAACCUGUGCCCAACAGCUAUCAUUUAUAUAAUCUGCAUCCCAUAGCUUGAGUAACCCAAGACAGUGGAACUGAGCCACAGCACUCUGGACCUCUAGCCUUGUCCACUGGAGCUUCUGGUCUCUUUGGGAUUCCUGGUUGAAAAAGAAUGGUUGAGAAAUUGGGUUUCAAUACAAAAAGUUUUUAUUCUGUUUUUCUCCCAGUUUGGUUAAGAUAUAAUUUUCUACACACACGUUGAGUAGUUUUGUUUAGAUUGCUGUGAGGUUUUAAAGUUACACUGUAUUUGGUUGCUUAGCUAAAAAAUGACUGUUUAUUAUAGUUGAAUAACUGGAAGACUUCUCUAGAAAGAGCACUGGUCUUUUGUUGAGCACUGAUAUACAGUUUCUCAUUUUCCUUUAAACACUCUUAAGAAAAGGGGCAUUCUUUCUACCAUGCUAUUUUAUUUUCAAACCUUUUUAUUUAAAGGAUAAUACAUAGAGAAAAUGCACAUAUCAUAAGCAUACAGGUCAAUGAAUUCUCACAAACUGCAUACUCAGGUCAAGAAACAGAAGAUGACCAACACCCCAGAAGCACUCCCUGUGCGCCUUUCUAGGCCCUUCCCUGAACCCAAGGUAAACACUGUCCUGACUUCUAACAGCAUAGAUUAGUUUUGUCUGUCUGCUAUUAUAUAAGUUGAGUCAAUUUCAUAUUUUAGUAAUAUACUCAUUAGUGUCUUUCACUCAUAUAUAUGUGAGAUUCACCCAUAUUGUUGAAUGUAGUGGCAGGUAAUUCAUUCUCACUGUCAUGUUACAUUCCAUUGUGUGAAUAUGCUGCAAUAUAUUUAUCCAUUCUACUGUUGAUGGACAUUUGGGUUGUUUGCAGCUUGGGGCUAUUAGGAAUAGUACUACUUUAAAUAUUUAAGUACCUGUCUAUUGAUGAACAUAUUUAUGCAUUUCUGUUAGGUCUAUCUCUAGGAGUUGAACUGCCAGGUCAUAGAGUAUCCAUAUGCUCAGCUUUAGUUUUUAAACUAGUUUUCUAAAGUGGCUAUACGAGCAUGCACUCCCAUCAGCACAGCACAUGAGUUCUGGUUGCUCCACAUCCUUGCCAACUUGGUAAUUUCCACCUUUUUCACUUUAGCCACUAUGGUGGGUAUACAGUUAUAUCUUGGUGUGGUUUUAAUUUUUAUUUCUUUGUCCUCCAAUCCCACCAUAGUGUCUCCACAAGGUGGUUUACUGAUAUAUGAGAUCUGAGACCCAAGCAUGGUCUUCAUGUGGCUGUACCAUUUUACAUCCCACCAGCCAUAGUAAGCAUUUAGUAAGUUUAAAUCUUCCCACACACAAAAAAACCCAAAUCCAGAUGGUUUAACUGGUCAAAUGCAUUUAAUAUUUACAGGAGAAAUAAUAUGAACAAUUCAUAUAAUCAUUAUAAAAAAACAGAAGAGGAACAUUCCCAAACUCUGUGAGGCCAGUAUUACCCUGAUCCUUAAGCCAUACAAACACAUCACAAGAAAAGAAAACUACAGACCAAUAUUUCUCAUGAAUAUAGACAUAAAAAUCUUCAACAAAAUAUUAGCAAAUUGAACCUAGUAACAUAAAAUGAUUAUACAUCAUGACCAAGUGGGGUUUCUUCCAGUGAUGCAAGACUGCUUCAACAUUCAAAAACCAGUAUAAUCUACCAUAUUAACAGGCUAAAGAAGAAAAAUUACAUCAUCUACAGAUUCAACUCAACUUUACUAAACUUCCAGCAGUCUUUCUUCCCCCAAAAUUGAUAAGCUAGCUCUAAAAUUUACACAGAAAUAGAAAGGAUCAAGAAUAGCAAAAAGGAAUUUGCCAAAGAAUAAAGUGGGAGGACAUUUACCUUCCAAUUUCAAAGUUACUAUAAAGCCACAAUAAUUAAGACAUUAUGGUACUGGCAUGGGGACAGUAGAAUAGAACAAAGUCCAGGAAUAAACCCUCAUAUUUAUGGUAAAUAUCUUGUACAAAAGUGUGAAGGUAGUACAAUGGGGGAAAGAAAAGUCUUUUUAACAUUUGGUACAGGGAUAACUGAAUGUCCAUACACAAAAAGAUUAAAUUUUACUUCACACCACACUAAAAAUUAACUCAAAUGGAUCAGAGACACAGAAGCUAAAACUAUAUAAGUUUUAACAGAAGACAUACGAGAAAAUUUCUGUGACCUCAUAGUAGGCAAGGAAUUCUUAGAAUACCAAGAGCAUGACCCAUAAAGAAAAAAUGGUAAAUUGGACUUCAUCAAACCAAAAGCCAAAAAAAGGUUUGUGCUUCAAAAGACACCAUUAAGAAAAUGAAAACACAAAACAGAGACUGGGAAAAAACACUUGUAAAUCAUGUAUCUGAUAAAGGACUUACAUCCAGAAUAAAUAUAAAGAAUUCUUACAACUCAAUAAAAAGAAAGCAAACAACCCAUUUAUUUUAUUUUAUUUUUAUUAAGGUGUCAUUGAUAUACAAUCUUAUGAAGCAACAUUGUGCUUACAACAUUCACCCAUAUUAUCAAGUCCCCCCCCGCCAACCCCAAUGCACUCACUGUCCAUCAGCGUAGUAAGAUGGUAUGGUCAUUGUCUUCUCUUUGCUAUACUGCCUUCCCCUUGACUCUCCUACACAAACAACCCAGUUUAAAAUGGGCAAAAGAUGUGAAGAGACAUUUCACAAAAGAUACACAAAUCAGUCAAAGAGAUGCCCAAUAUCAUCAGUCAUUAGGGAAAUUCUUAUUAAAACCACAGUGAAAUACCACUUUACAUGCACUAAAAUGACUACAAUAAAAAGACAAUUAUAUAUCAAUGAUACUUCAAUAAAAAAGACAAAACGAUUCUAAUAAAUGUUGGCAAGGAUAUAGAGAAUUAGGAACUUCCAUACAUUCCUGGUGUGAACACAUCAAAAUGAUAUAGCCACUAUGGAAAUCUUCAGCAGUUUCUUAAAAAGUUUACCAUAGAUUUACCAUAGGACCCAGCAAUGUCACUCUAGUAUCUACCUAAAAGAUAUAUAACGUGUUCACACAAACACUUGCACUUGAAUAUUCAUAACAGCAUUAUUCAUACGAGGCAGAAAGUAGAGACAAUCCAAAUGUCCAUCAACUGGUGAAUGGAUACACAAUGUAUUCAGCAAUAAAAAAGUACAAGUACUAAUAAAAACUACAACAUGGAUGAACCUCAAAAAUAUAAUGCUAAGUGAAUGAAGUGAGACACAAAAGAUCAAAUAUUGUAUUUGUGUAUUACAUUUAUGUGAAAUGUCCAUAAAAAGCAAAUAAGAGAUCUAUAGAUUAGUGGCUGUCCAAGGGUGAGAAGGGGAACAGUUAUUAACUGUAAAUUAGUACAAGGGAUCUUAUUGGGGUGAUAUAAAUGUUCUAGAACUUGAUUGUCAUGAUGGUUGCACAACUUAGGUAAAUUUAAUAAAGGUCAUUAAGGUGAUCCUUGAUUCCAAUCCUGUUUUAACAUGUGUAUUCCCUGCUGUAACCUGAUGCCACCUAGAGCUAGAAUGAAGUGUUGUCUUGGAGCCUGUUGUACAUUUAAGAAUAAACUUUAGUUUAAAAAAAAGUCAUUGAACUGUACAAUUUAAAUAUGGAAUGUAAAUUAUAUCUCAAAGUUGUUUUCUUUUUCAGAGUUGUUUUGGCUAUUCUAGGUCUUUUACAUUUCAUAUGAAUUGUAGAAUAAAGUCCAUUUCAGCAACAAAAAAAGCUGCUGUGAUUUUUUACUGGGAUUGGUUUGAAUCUAUAGAUCAAUAAGGGGGAAUUGAAAUCUUAACAAUAUUGGGUUUCUGACUCAUAAAUAAGGUAUAUCUCUAUUUCUUUAUUCUUUAAUGUUACAAUAUUUUAUUUAAUUUUUAGUUUUUAGUAUACAGGUCUUUCACAUCAGACAAAUUAUUCCCUUUGAUGCUAUUUUACUUGGUGUUGACUUGUUUCCACUUUAUUGUGUAGUACUGGUUUUUAGUUCCAAUUUUUUAUUGUUAAUUACUGGUAUAUAGAAAAGUGAAAUGACAGUUAAUUGUUUGUCUUCUGCAGAAGUUAGAAGGAAUAAGAUUGCCCUCAUUUCUGACACCAAUUGCGAAUUCAAGGGUGUCCAAGACCACCUUCAAGUUCAAUAAUUCACUUAGACUCACAGAACCCACUGAAAGCUAUUAUACUCAUAGUUACAUUUUACUGCAGCUAAGGAUAGAGAUUAAAAUCAGCCAAGUGAAGAAGCACAUAGGGCAAAGUCCAGGAAGAGAACAAUUGCAGAGCUUCUCCCCAUGGAAUUAAAACAGCAUUACUCUCCUGACGUUGAUGAGUGACAGCAGCACAGAACAGUGGCAACCAGAGAAACGCACCUGAGCCUUGGUGACCAGAAGCUUCAAUAUGGCUCCAUCAUAUAGGCAGGCUGACUGCUCCCAUGGUUGAUUUCAGUUUCCAACCCGCAAGAGUCCAAGAUCCAUAAGCCAAAGCCCCCACAUUAUGUUGUUGAUGUGACUCAGAGCCCCCACCCUAACUCACAGUUACUAUCCGGAUGGCACAAGGCCCCAGGUAAAGACAUUCCGGUCAGGCAUGACAUCAAGGGCCUGAAGAUUACCUACUCUGUGAAGCUGUAGGCAAAGGCCAGACUUCUCCUGGGUAAGGUUUAAUUCUUUACUACGCAGGCCACCCCUGGCCUUUGGCCAAGGCUCUUGUACAGCAAAAUACAUUUGGGCAUCUACUUUUACUAUAGCAUUUAUAUGAUAUACUGCAAUAGUAAAGAAUGACUCCAUCCUAUAAAGCCAUUAUCUAUACAUUUUUAUAUUUUAUACUUAUUCAAUUACUCUUCCCUUUAAUCUACCUCUCUGUGUGCCUUAUGAUAAACUUGUGAAGAACUAUUUAGUAUAGAAAUUAGUUGAAGAUUAGCUAAAUCCAGUUCUUUCUCAAGCCACUCAUUUUCUCCUAGUAUUAUAUCCUGAAAAGUCUUUAACUCAAUUUCCCAAUAUAUUUGACCACCAAUAUAAGCAUAGUCUUGGCAGCAAUGCCAUUGUUACACCAUUUAUCAUAGUAUAGUAGUAGAUGUAACCUGCACACAACACUGUACCUAAUCAACAAUAAUACACUGUACAUUUAAAAGUUUGUUAAAAGGAUAAUCUCCUGUUAAGUGUUCUUUCCAAAAUAGAACAAAAAAUAAAAUAAAAUACUCAUUAGACACUGGCUUAUUACUACAGUCCCACUCAGUCAUCAAAAAUUGGUCCAGUUCAUCUAUCAAAGCUACUCCACUCAGGUUUGCAGGCUUCCAUUCAACCUUGUCAGGUUUCAAAAGUAGAUGUGGUCUUAGCAACAUAGGGCUUCAUUCUUUCAGGCAUCUUGUAUAAUUGAGUUAAGGGACAAUAUUAUCUCUUGCUCUGAGCCUUUCAGGGCAGCAAUGUAAUGGAUUUCCCUUGUUCAUUCAGCCUAUUUAUUCAUUCUUUUAUUCUCAGCUACUGUAUCUCCUCUCCAUUUAUCACUGAAUUUCACCCAAAGUUUUCCACCUUUUUUCUUACAUGACUUUUUUUUUAUUACGGUAUCACUGAUAUACACUGUAAUGAAGGUUUCACAAUAAAAACAAUGUGGUUACUACAUUAACCCAUAAUAUUGAGUUACCCCCCACCGCAGUCACUGUCCAUCAGUGUAGUAAGAUGCCACAGUCACUACUUGUCUUUUCUGUGUUACACUGCCUUCCCCGUG